GCAAAGAGAGAAUGAGAGAGAGAGAGCAGGAAGCUAAGCACCCAUCCAGCAGCGUCUUCUUCGGCUCCCUCCCUUACCCACCUACCUUCCUGCUCUCUCGCUCUCUCUCUCUCUCUCUCUCUCUCUCUCUCUCUCUCUCUGUUCUGUAGUCUCCAUGCGGAUACGCACAGGCAGAGUUGAAGCAGCAGCAAUGGAGGAAAGAGACGACACGCAUGUGUGCAAAAUCUGCGAUCGGACGUUCAAAUGCGGCAGAGCACUGGGCGGUCAUAUGAGAUCUCACUUAACUACUCUGAAGCUUCCGAUCGAGCCCCCAAAGAAGCAGCAGUACCACUACCGAGUAGAGGAGGAGGAAGAAGAAGAAGUAGUAGUGAAGAAAGAAGAUGAUGACGAGAAGGGAAGACGAAGACAGGAAGCAUAUGAGGAGGAAGAAGAAGAGGAAGGAGCCAUCAGAGAGGAGAUCGAGGAGAACUACAUCUAUUCCCUGCGCGAGAACCCCCGUAGGAGUUUCCGCCUAUCCGAUCCAGAGUUCUCCUUCGCCGUCGAUGCAUCUUCUUCCGCCGCCGCCGCUGCGGCAGCGCCACCACUAACCGUCCCUCCACCUGCCGCUGCGGCCAUCGCGACGACCACCGUCCACGACAGCCAAAGUGACACGGAAGAGCUCUACAGGACGAGCAGGAAAAGAGCACGCACCCACCGCUUCGCCCUCGUGCCCGGCGGUGGGGAAGCAUCUCCGGAGGAGCCCGCAAGCUCCAUCUCGGAGACCUCGCCGGAGGAGGACGUUGCCAUCUCCCUCAUGCUUCUCUCUCGCGACCUUCGCCCCCAACUGGAUUCCUCCCUUGCUGCCUCGUCUUCCCAAGCUUCCAAGCGUCGCCGGAAGUUCCAGUGCGGCACCUGUCGGAAGAUUUUCCCCUCUUACCAGGCUCUAGGUGGUCACCGCGCCGGCCACAAGAAGUCGAAAGGGAGCUGCGCUCCUCCCGGUCUCGACGGCCUUCCUGAGCUUUCAGGCGACGGCAAAAUCCACGAAUGCCCUGUUUGUUUCAGAGUCUUCGGGUCUGGACAGGCACUCGGCGGUCACAAGAGAACCCACCUUUUGGCCGGUGGAGACGGAAUUCCGGUGAACGAGAGGGAAGACAGCAUGCUUGAUCUGAACCUUCCAGCAGCCGCUGAUGAUUCCACUUCCGCCGUCUCGUAUGCGGAGUUGAUCGAUCCGGAGAAGACCAAUUAAGCUUCCGAAAUGGCAUUUCUCAAUCGUCUCUCCGCUGCCCACAAGGAAUUUCCAACCAAAAAUUCAACCUUUCGGCUUGCUCUGUAGCACCACCAAUCCCAAUUCCGUCUUUUUUCUGUUGAUCAAUGAGAAGGGAUAGAUCAAGCUUGCGUCUUUAUGGUGCUAUCCGAAGUCUGCAUUUGAUUUCCCGGAAAGAAGUCCUGCAUGAACUCCCGGGCGGUUCCUGUUCCCCAACAAGCUCAUGAAGUUUCCUGCAUUUCCAGCAUGACUUCCGGUAGCCAUCCUGUGAUCUGAGGUAACAAAUUGAUCGGCAAUUCAUUUGUAUAUUUCUUUCUCUCUCCCUUUUUUCCCCUUAUUCUUUCAGAAUUUCUGGUGCAUAUGUAUAUUUUUAGGUUCUGAAUCGAACCGAAUUAAUUACGCCUCUCCCUCAUCUCUGUUUUCAUUGAACGAUUGAGAAUUUUUGCUGCUUCUACAGAGCCUUUCCAAGUUAUUCAUCUCUGCUGCUGGUUUUCUUUCUUUGUUUUUCUUUUUCAUAUGAUUCUCUCUGGCCGCAGCUUCCAUCUGGUUCUUCUUUGUCUGGCGCUUCGUCUGUUCCAAAUUCUACUUUAUCUACCUCUAACCAGCAAAUUUUGGCACCUAAUGACACCUCGGUCGAAUGGUCCCCAGUUGGUGAGAUGUAACAAAGUAUCAUUGUUUCACA